CCCGCCAAAGAAGAGUUUCAAGCGGUUUAGGAAGGAAGUAACGAAGCUGCUGAAUUUCAAUUCAGGCAGCCAAAUUAUAAGUGCUGUCCUGUAUAUUCAAGCUAACUACCAUACGAACUGGUUUACUGAUGGCCGACACCAGUGGAGACAACAGCCACCAAGCUGAAGAAAAGGACGAGACAAAUUCCCGGCAUCUCUCUGAACCUACGCACGGGACAAAUGACUGCCCACCGGUGUGUAUUGCCAGUCGCGAGCAGAAAAAAAUCAUCUUGCAUGUGGACCUGAACAACACCAUUCUGGUGUCGGACGCCGUGACGUGCCAAGGGACAGUGGCUGCCCUGGAUUAUUUUCUGACGACUGUAACUUGGGGCAAAAUGAGUAAAGGCAAGUGGGAAUGGUUGAGUGACUCCCCCUCACUGCUCCCGCCACGUGACGAUGCCGUCAACUACUACUCUCAGUUUGGAGCGACUCCCAGGUUCACCUCCGGUGCAGGUCGGCGCUUUCGUGGGAUUCUGGAGGAACACCUGAACCUGCUUCGCUGGCCUGAAGGUGAAAAGGGAGACCGAGAGCUGUCAAUAAAGGCGGAGGAUGGACGACUGUACCACUGGAUCCUUCCCUCCUUUUUCCAGUUGCUCGAAGACCUAAAGCGGCAAGGGACCGAGUUUGCCAUCCACUUUCGUACUUUUGGAAGCGACCUACCUCAUGUGCUCAGUGCCGUAUCCAAAGCAUUGACGCAGGGCGCUCAUCCCUUGUUUCCUGAUCUUCCUGAUUUAAAGUUAAGUGUGAAUAAGACGCCAGGCAAGAUCCGCUGCAGCUCGAAAGGGGUUCUUCUGACCAGAGGCGCAGAGCGGCUGUCGACCCGCGAUGGCGAGAGAGGCCUCUACCAAUUCUUGAGCAGUGCAGAUGGACUCGGAGGCUUCCAGGAUGACUAUCAAUGGUGGGUGACUAAGAAGUUCUCCAGCCAAGGUGGGAAGCCGCUGUGGCUGGACCCCUUUGACAAGCAUGUUCAGCACAUCUUCAUCGAUGACAACAUACGACAGAAUGAGAAGGAUACCGUCGUGCAUCCCAAGGUUUUCAUGGAGCCAGGCGGCUCGGACACUCGCACGGCCUGCAUCUCGGAGCUUUAUGACAUCGCCUUAAUCCAGACCGAUCUUCUCAAAGCCAUUUCUGAGCCCGACUACUUCACCCGCCGUGUCCAGAUCUGCCGGGAGAACUAUGAGAAGAAUGUCCAGCAGGGGUCAGGCUAGAGCACUGCCGAGUGUCUUCUCUCAACCACGGCUGGUCUUGAGGAACUCUAUCUCAGGGUAUCAUUAUCUGUUGGAAUGCUAGAGACAAGGAGAUGUUGGCAAUAUCCGUAGCAACUCUUAGCUCAGAAGAAAGUAAUUUCCAGAAAAGGCAAAAUAAUGACAUUGGCAAAUUGAAGAAGUGGGGUGGGGGGAUCUUCUUUAUUGAGUAAAUUUAAUUAAUGCCAGAUUGAAUAUUUUACCAUCCCAAAGAAAAUAAUAAAUCUCCAAACUUUAUGUUUUGAGGAAAAAAGUUAUUUUUUUAGGCAUAAUUAUCCUAUAAUGAGGGUAUUCGGCCAAUACCUGUGGAAUCACCUCAUGAAAAUCUUUGCACUCCCAACAUCUGGCCCUUUAGAUGCUCAUCAACACAUUGCGUGAUGAUUUUUGUCAAUGCAUUAUGCACUCUUGGGUUGCACAUCACUAUUUACUGUUAUGUAUGAUGUGCAAUGUUAAAGCACUGGAACCUAUAGUAAGGUUGAGCAGGUGUUAGAGAAGGGUUUAAUAAAUAAUUUUACAUCUUAGGUGUCGACAAAGAUAUUUUAUACCUCCUUCAGGGAUAUUGUUUUAUUUGCAGUUAAUUUAUUGCUGAAUUAUGCGAGACAAAAUUAGAUCGAUAUAAAAGAAACGUUGUGGCGUGGAGCAUUUAGAGCCAUUUUUUGAAAUUGAGUUUUUAUUUUUUAUUUUUAUUUUUUUUAAUUAAGGGGUUGAUUUUCUUGAACAGAGUUUGCAUUGUAGCGACCACAGUCUUCCAUAUGCAGGAGGUUGGGAUCUAUGGAGGUGUACAAUUUAGUGCUUAUCCAAAUUAGGGUUAUUUGGCUUUUGCUCGUCCUGUAAUUUCACUCCACUCCAGUGUGAACAUUCUGUGUCAUCUUGAAGAUACUGUACUGGGUUAUUUUUAUUAAACAAUCAUAUUUUACUCCACACUAGAAUUUCACACCUCAGGUCCACUCCAGUGUAAACAUUCCCUGUCAUUUUGAAGAUACUGUGUUAUUUUUAUUUUAUAAUUGCAUUUCACUGGUUUUCUUGAAUUGCAAUUUGGGUGGCGCCAUUGGUUACAGGUAUUUAUGACGGUUUGAAGGCGCAAAUAUAUCUUCUGAAAAAUGUAUUUUAUUUUUUAAUUUGUCAAAGAUGCCAAUCAAAUUCGAAUCAAUUUUCUGCAUCUCAUCCAAAGUUUUUGGGGGCGGCAUGGCUCAGUGGUAGAGUUUACCAACCCAGAGGUUGGUGGUUCAAUCCCAAGCCAUUGUGGUCAUGUCAUAGUGUCCUUGAGCAAGAUACUGAACCCCCGGUUGUUCUUAAUGCUGCGUCAUUAGUUGGUGAAUGAGCAAAUAGUGUGAAGUGCUUUGAGUAUCCGCUGUCUAAUAAAUUCCAUUACACAUACUGAACAUCAACAUUGUAUUAAACAUCUAUUUGACUGCUUCUUCAAUGAACAA